AUGGUAAGGGAGCAGGGACCCCAGCGCUGGGUCACUCUGCCUUCCUCACCCUUCGUGGCCGUGGCCGUGGCCGUGGCCAGGGCCAGAGGAGGAGCCGGUGUUCGGUCAGACGGACAGCCAGGCCCAGAGGAGCCGGUGUUCGGUCGGACGGACAGCCAGGCCCCAGAGGAGGAGCCGGUGUUCGAUCGGACAGACAUCCAGACCUCAGAGGAGCCGGUGUUCGGUCGGAUGGACAGCCAGACCCCAGAGGAGCUGGUGUUCGACAUCCAAGCCCCAGAGGAGCCGGUGUCCGAUCGGACGGACAUCCAGACCUCAGAGGAGCCGGUGUUCGGUCGGACGGACAGCCAGACCCCAGAGGAGCUGGUGUUCGACAUCCAAGCCCCAGAGGAGCCGGUGUCCGAUCGGACGGACAUCCAGACCUCAGAGGAGCCGGUGUUCGGUCAGACGGACAGCCAGACCCCAGAGGAGCCGGUGUUUGGUCGGACGGACAGCCAGGCCCCAGAAGAGCAGGUGUUCAGUCGGACGGACAGCCAGACCCCAGAGGAGCUGGUGUUCGGUCGGACGGACAUCCAGGCCCAGAGGAGGAGCCGGGCCUGGCAAGGUCAGGCGGCGGCGAGGCCGCGUGCAGCCCCGCGGGGGGCGCGCGGAGCCGGCGGGAACGUUCCGGAACCUCCGAGCGCUUCCGGGGGCGGGACAGCCCGGACCCCCCCGGAGGAGGGAGCGCGGCGCGGGGACGGCUCUCCCGCGGGAGCCGUGGGCGAGGGGCGCGCGGAGGAGCCGCGGCGCACGCGCACUCGGCGCCCGCCGCCCGGGAUGCACGGAGGGCAUGGAAAUUUCCAGCGGCUCCCGGGCCCGACGGAGCAGGCGCGGCGGCGGCGCCGAGACCUGAGGGGCGCGGGGCCUCCGUGGGCCCCGCCGGCCGAGCCCACCGUGCUGUCCCGGCGCCACGGCGCCGCACCGCGGUCCCCGGGGGGCCGCUCGCCGCGGGGAGCGGGGCUUCCGAGGGGCCGCGGCCCCUUUAAGGAGGGGGCGUGGCCCGCACGGGGGCGUGGCCUGCGCCGGGAAGUGGCGCGCGGCGUGCGCGGCUGCCGAGCCUUUAAACCCGGGCUCGCGCGGCCCGAGCGUGCCUUCGCCGCCGCCCGCCGCCCGCCGCCCGCCGCCCGCCGCCCGCCGCCCGCCGCCCGCCGCCCGCCGCCCGCCCGCCCUCCUCAGCGCCCGAGCCGCGGUCCGAGCUGCCGCCGCGCGUCGGCCAUGCCCCGCUACGAGCUGGCCUUGAUCCUGAAAGUCAUGCAGCGGCCUGAGACCGCGGCUGCGCUGAAGCGGACGAUAGAAGCCCUGAUGGACAGGGGCGCGGUCGUGCGGAACCUGGAGAACCUGGGGGAGCGGGCGCUGCCAUACCGGAUCUCUGCCCACAGCCAGCGGCACACCAGAGGAGGGUACUUCUUGGUGGAUUUUUAUUCACCAACAACCACUGUGGAAAGCAUGAUGGAGCACUUGUCUCGAGACAUUGACGUCAUCAGACGGAAUAUUGUAAGACACCCUCUGACCCAGGAAGUGAAGGCGUGCGAAGGGAUUGUCCCGGUCCCACUGGAAGAAAAGCUGUAUUCCACAAAGAAGAGGAAGUGAGGGUUCUGUUCAGCUCUCUCACCUCUGAGCAUCCGGUGAAUAAUUCACACGCCUGACCUUUACAUGAAGUGUGUCAGGUGCCACGUGAGGGUCCGGGUGUGGUUAGCUCUCCAUCCCCUUUGCUGGGAGCCACUGUCCCAGUCAAAUGCAUCGCUCUUGAUCUUGUCACAGUAAAUGUAAUAUGUUUGCCCUAAACACUAACACCAUUUGGAAGAAUAAAACUUAUCAAACUAACUGGGAUUGUGAGCUGAUCGUUCACACUGUAUAACCAUGCAGAAUAAAACAUGUGGAGGGUACAGUCA